AUGUCGCAUUCCAUUAAAAUGUCCUUUGAUCAGUACAACAACAAAGCUACAACUACAGGCUACAAGAUGCAAGUGACGUUCCCCCUUGCAGCAUUUGCAGCAGUGCUGCUUGUUACUGCACGCUGCAUCAAUGCUCAGGCAUCUUCUGGUCCUGCUACCACUAAUCCAGCCUUCCCCGGGUCGUGCUACUUCUCUGACUACCGGGUUGCGCUGAGGCCGGGCGAGAAGAGGUCCCUGCCGGGCCGCUGUGUUGAGCUCUCCUGCGAGAGGCGGUCCGGCCGGCAGUUAUUCGCCAGCCAGAUAGGGUGCGGGUUAACGGGGUUCCCGCCUUCGACGAACUGCAGGGUCGUCACUAACAAGUUGCUGCCCCACCCCGCCUGCUGCCCCAGACUCGUGUGCAACCGAGUUCCUGUACUCGUACCCAAACAGAUGGCUUUCACUGACCUUCUGCCCCUCCAUCUUCCCUCUGCUCCUCCAUCUUCCCUCUGCCCCACCAUCUCCCCUCUUCCCUAUGCUCCUCCAUCUCCCUUCACUCUCCCCUUUGCUCCAAAUCUUCCCCUCAUGCCAUCCCCCUGA